CGCGCGUCGUAUUUAACAGCUCAGCAGCUGCCGAAAACAUCGUGUUGUGUCGAUCUAUCGAUCACACCGUGCAGUAUUUACCUAGUAGUACCCACUAUUUGUAUCCGCGCUGUUUGGCAGCACAACAGUACUUAUUAUACUGCACAUUUCUACUUAUUACUUAGGACUGUUAUGAUAGCUCUGAUCUCUCUAAAAUUAUUAUGGUAGAAAUAUAUAUAAGUAAAUUUAGUAAACGUGAAUUUCGAGAAGUGUUAUUUGUACCUGUCGUUACUUCCUUGACUUUUGUGUGGUACUCCCAAUAAUUUUGCGAAGCUCGUAAGUAUAAUAAUCGCGGGAAUCAACAAAGUAAUAUAAUUAUGGUAUUGAAAACCCGUCCGAAGUACAAGCGCUAUCCCUGCUGCCAGUCUUUGCCCCAUAAAGCCGGGUUUAUUCGCAAGGGUUCGGUCCACCCAGCGAUCUGUACAGUCCCUUACCGAAGUGGACGCUGUGGUACCAGGAUGCGGAACGCAGUGCUAAAGACGCUGAGGCUUUCCACCACAGCGAUGCUAUUCUGCAACGCCACCUCCUGGAUGAUGGCAUGGAUUGUGUGCCCGGCAGCGACCGGUACAUUCUUCUAUACAGUCUGAAUAAGCGCCAGCGCUGGACAUUGUUGGAACGCCUGCGACAUCUCGCGGAGGAAUCGGCUCACGACAUCCGCGCGCAUAAUCUGCAUCUUUCCGUGUACUGUCACCAGAUGUAUCCCUCGUUCUAUCGCUCAUCUUACGAUCCGACCCGUGCACUGAGCUUAACCUCGACGAAAUUUGCGGCUAAUGCGGAUCUUGAUGAUGGCGAUGAGCAGGCAUCUUUGUGCACGGUGUAUACUUCACGGCCGUCGGGCGCUGCAGUUUUCAGGAAUCUUUGGGAGAACGGGAAACGUUUGCGCGGACGAUCAGAUGUUACCCAAGUCGAGGAUGUAAAAGACAUCGGUUACGAGAUCGGUUUACCGUGGAAGUACGACGCAUUCUACUUCCACAAGCAGUUUCACUCCCAACAACCGGCCUACCGGGGACGGAAAUCUUCGAUCAAAACCAAAGCAUGCCGCAACAAAGUCGGUUCGCAGUCAUCCAGUUACCGGUUCCUGCCGCCGGAAAGGCGCACUGAUUAUGCGGAUGUGGAUUGUACAUGCUGCUGGCGCAUGCAUAACUGGGUUGAUGAAAACAGUGACGAAGAUGAAUACGACAACUCCGACACUGUUCCGGCAUCUCGAGCUUACCAUAAUCAGUUUCAUUUCGACCGGCUGGAAGAUUACAUUUCCCAGUCCGGUACGCGUAAGGCUGCACAAAAAAGAGGAAAGCCAAAACGGCGCGUUUCAACGGUUCUGGAAGGGGAGUAUGAUUUUUGUGAUGAUGAAUUAGACGAAUACGAUUUGUGUGAUACUUCCGGUUAAUGCUGUUCUGCCUCCGCUUACUUGUAUGCUCCUGAUUACGGAUACAAUACAUGUUGAUCUUCCGGGCGUGAAUUAACACUGCUUUGUAAUCUCUUUAUUUUUGUUAUAAUUGGGUAUCUACAGUCCAUGCCGAACCUGGAAGCGGUUCCAUUAUGCUACAUAAGCUUUGUGAUAUUAUGUGUGGCCUAGCAGGCCUAUACCAUUGUGA